UAAAGUUAAACAAAAUGUAGGACGAGGUCACGAGAAAAGGUCAAUUUCUUUUGCGCGAGUUAUUGGCCUACAUCGGCGAAUUUAAGCUCAUUCGUUGUUUUUUUGCACAAUGUUUGAACUUGUUGUUGUUGUGCAUAGCUGUUGAAGAAAGUAUCUUUCACCCCGAGUGCUGGACAUGUGUGGACGUGCACGCUGAAAGUUCAACCGGGUACUGGCAUUGCCAUCAUUGGGACUGCUGAGCCGUAGCUGUUCUCAUCAAUGAAUUGAGUAGUUGUACCAUGGUACUGUUUUUGUCAACAAACAAAAACGUGAUGUGAGCAAGCAAGUUUGCUGGCUUGAGCAUGUGUUUCUUACGAAAAGGCAAACAAAAUGUCGUUGCAAGAGUAGCAGCAUAGAGCAAGGAACAGUGGUAGCAGGGUGUAGAUUUAAAAGAUGAGUGUUUAAAAUGACUGCUCAUUCAGUGUGCUCAACCUUCAGUGUGCUCAACAUCCCAUCUCACAAUGUCGACCUUCCCAAGGUUCAAGUGCAGCUUUCCAAACUGCUCAUUUACAGCCAAGCGUCUAGCACUGCUGAAAAAUCACAUCAGAAACCACAGCGAGGACAAACCGUUUAAAUGUCGCUACUGCACCUACAGUACACAGUCACGUAGUAACUGUAAAGUGCACGAGCAGCGUAUGCAUACAUUUCAGAGGCCUCACAAGUGCCAGUACUGUCCGUAUUGCUGUGUUCAGAGUAGUACACUUCGACAGCAUGUUCAGAUCAAGCACAAAGACCGCUGCCAGUAUCGAUGUUUCAAAUGCAAUAACUUCCACUGCCAACGAGAGGGACAACUCACCUUCCACCUCCUAAAAAUCCACCAGAUAUCUGAGAUAACAGACAUAACCCCCUACCUGAAUCCAAACUACGCUCCAGGCGGUAUGUUUUCAGGUGGUAGUGGGUAUUCAACGGGUCAAGUCGACAACAUGGCAUACAGCCUCGGCAAGUUGUCACAACCUCAACAUCUGUCCUCGCAAAACACAAUGAAUGCACCAGUUCCAUCACAACCAGCUUCUCAAUAUAAACCAAUGAAAUCCAAACACAAUGAGUUUACCCUAAACACUGUCCCCACCCUGAUGAUGCAGAGACCCGAACAGUCUCUUGCGUCGCAAGGAAUAGCAAGCUCUACAGCAAUGACACAUUCCAGUUGGACAUCAAAUAUGAAUGCCAGAAGACCCUACUCAAGGCAAGAGAAGAAAGCGAAUAGGCAAGCCAGCCAGAAUGACUUCUCUGAUCGCAGUCUUGUGGCAGGUAGCUCCAUAAUCAAACCUCUAGAUGAUUCUUCGGAGGUAAUUGAAAUCGAAAACGAAGACGAAGUCGUGACUUUGAGCGAUGAAGGGAAGCAAAAUUGUCCCCAGCUACAGCAAGCUGAAAAUCACAUCUUCAUGUGUAAUCAAUGCCUAAUGACAUUCACAACUGAGGACAGUUUUAUGAGCCACAUGGUAGCCAACCACUCCGACACUGCCAUCUUAGAUCAUAUUGAGUCUUGUGAGGAGAACUUACAAUCGCUAGAAGAAAGCCCUCAUCAGGACAACAUCACAAGCUCUAGCACUGCAGCUUACUCUUUCACCACGAACCAAGCAAUGAUGUUGGAUACAUCUCCAGUGCCUGUAGCAAUCUCGCAGAAUAACUUUGCAGCACCCAUACCAGUGAAACAGGAACAAGAAGUACAGCUUUCCUCACCAACGCUACAGGAGAGUUGGCUUCCAGUAUCAGACAGAGAUCCUAGGGCUGGUGGUGAUGCGGUAUCUCAACGACUCGGCUCAGAUUCAACAACAGAAAGUGCGUUUUCAAACACUGCUCCGAGUCAGAUUCAUGGCAGAGCAGCGAGCCAUGAUGGCAGUGUGGGACAAUCAAGAGAGGACACACCCAUGUUUGAUAUGCCGUCACCCACCACAACAAACAGUAAUAUUGCAUCCACAUCAACUCAGACAAUUCCAUUAUCCUUGAAUAGGGGUGGUACCACCAUAAAUCAGUCCAGAUACUGCUGUGCCCAUUGUAACAUCACCUUUCCCGAUAACGUGCUUUUUACGAUACAUCGUGGAGCUCACGGAUUUCACUCUCCGUUUGAGUGUAAUUUCUGCGGGAAGGAUUGUGGCAAUAAAUAUGAAUUCGCCUCACAUUUGCACAAUUGUUCCUAAAGUUAACAUUAAUGUGCUUAUUUAUAUUUUUAAACAAGCUGUUCAUUUUAUAAGCAAAUUUUUUAGCAAUUCAAAGCCACAGUUGCCAUUGAUAAAACAUAAAAAAUCUAAAUGUAUGUUACAUGUGCAGUAGGGUAAAAGCAUAGAGUCUUUUAUAAGAACUAGAUAGCGCACUGGCCUAAACACGCCAUGGCAUGCGCGCAUGCGGCCAUUUUCUAAGUUGACAAAACAGCAUCUCACAGUGUUGUUUGUGCGGCCAUUUUGUUGACAAAACAGCAUCCCGUAGCGUUCAAUAAACACAAACUCCAACGUGUACUUCAUACAUGUAUACAACGCGCGUACAUGUGUACGUGCGGGUGUCUCCGUCGCAUUUGUGCAAGAGGCAUCACCAGUGCGCCCUCUAGUUCUUAUAUAGUAUAACUCUAUGGGUAGAAGGUAAAGUUUAAUAUUUGUGCAGAUGUUUUUAUAAAUUUAGAUUUAGUUACAAAAAGGACAGGGCCUACCAACCCUGUGAAUGACACAGUCUUCAAAAGAUAUCUUACACAUUGUUUUUUGUUUAUAUAUAUUUUUUUUGUGUUUUUGCUUUUAUUGUGGGGAGGAGUAUGAAAGAUUCAGUCGUCUACUUAACAACUAACCAAUUUGGUCUCAUUUAAUUGGGGCUGAGGAGGGGGGGGGGGGUUAACAGUUGAUGUUUAAACAGGUUUUUGUUCUUGGUGAUAAACGUGUUGUGUAGUGUAGUUUGCUUUGAGUGUAGUAACUUUGAAAUUGUGUCAGAUGUAGAUGUUUUGCUGGAGGGUUGGUACAUGAACUUUAUAAUCAAUGAGCUACACGUAUCACAUUGUCACUUAUUAUUGUGUACCAUGUCUUUAUACAACAGUCAGUUAUUGUCUUUACACUUCAACGUCACUUUCGACUGCGUGGCCAAUUUCGACUGCCUGGCCAAUUUCUUGGUAACUCCCGUGAAAGUUAAAUCAGAGCCCAAUUUCAUAAAGCUGUUAAGCAGAAAAUACUGCUUAGCAAAUUUCUUUGCUAAGCGAAAAUUGA